GGUGAUUCCUCAAAAUCCACACAAGUCAAGGCUGACGAAGAUAUCGUCUCCCCACAUUCCAUUGAUGGUCUCUGGGUACAGAGCCAGAUCGCUGAGGUAUACCCCAACCCAUGAUAAACUCUCCUCGGUUCUUGCAAUUCUCAGCUCCAAGUUCGACCGUUGUGACUGGACUAGAUUCUUCACGAACUAGUGGGAGAGUGUUCAAUGAAGGCACACCCAUUCACCAUUCCCAAGCUUCACGACACUCAGAGCAAGCUUUACCCCAUUGCGUUUGGUAAUGAACCCAUCCUUCUUUGUGUAGCUACUGGCACUGAAAAGACCCAUGUGACACGUAAAAUCACUGGCACCAAUUAUACAGAUUUCGUUCGCCUCAGCCUUUUUGAUGAGAUCCACUUGCUUCAAGAUGAAUGUGGCCCAAUUCUGGAGAGAAUCAUUGCUUGGACAAUCCGCCAAACUAAUGAGUUUGUUCAUUUUAUGACAUUCACCAUCAUCGUACCGAGAAUUCCAUUUUCAUCAGUCAUUCGCAGCCUCUCUAUAGUCUUCAUCACAUCAGAACUCGUGUCAAGAACAAGGGACGAGUUCUUGUACUCACUCGAGACAGGAUGCGGGUGCAAGACCCUUGUAUCUGCAACAGCAUCUGUAGAGUCUGAUACAAACUCCAGGCUUUGUCGCAACAUUUGGGCCUGAACACUGGUGAAGAGGCGUUUUCGGUAUAGGUGAGGAUUCUGCCGGCGUCUUUGUUGGAGAUGACUGUACAGGAGACAUGGGAAACGAGGCCAAUGCAACGGAUGAUGUGGAUGAGAAGGGUUUAGCAGAGCUGUCCGACGUUGACCAGG